AAUUUCCAUAUAAAUAACCCACAUCUCCUCCUCUUCCCUUAUUAUCAUCAGCACUACCAAAUUUCCUUCUAUCAAUUAUAUCAAGAAAAACCAAACUCCAUUAGAAGAAGAAUCAUUUUGAUAGGGUAAAUCCCAGGUAAACAAGUUGUAGACAUCACGGCUAUACACAAAGGAAACCGGGUACCACUCUUACAUGUUCGUUCAGUACGACGUAAGGGUUGUGUAACACCAACUAACCCUGCCAAGCACGGUGGACGUGGCGCUUUGCCCUCUGAAGGUGGUAGUCCUUCCGACCUCCUCUUCCUUGCCGGCGGUGGUUCUAUUCUCUCCAUCUGUUAGAUAUACUCAUUAUAAUAAUUACCGUAGAUCCCUAGAUUAUUUCCUAUAUACUUUGUACUACCUAGUAUUUUCUUGAAUAUUCGAAGAAAAAAAAAUCCAACAAAAAGUAUUAAAGAUGAUGCUCAAGAUUAAGAGAGUUCCUACACUUGUCUCUAACUUCCAAAAAGAUGAGGUUGAUGUAAUUGGUGCUCGUGGUACUGGCUGUGGCCGCAAUUGUCUCAGAAACUGCUGCCUUCCAGGUUCAAAGCUACCGUUGUAUGCUUUCAAAAAAUUGAGCAAUGGCAAAUCUGUUGCCGAUGAAACCAAGGAACCUCCUGUUGACUUCCUGGAAUCCCUUGUUCUUGGAGAAUGGGAGGAUCGUCAGCAGAAAGGUCUCUUUCGCUAUGAUGUCACUGCUUGCGAAACCAAGGUGAUUCCUGGAGAUUACGGUUUCAUUGCUCAACUGAAUGAGGGAAGGCACCUCAAGAAGAGGCCAACUGAGUUUCGAGUUGAUAAGGUGCUGCAGCCUUUUGACGGAAGCAAGUUCAACUUCACUAAGGUUGGACAGGAAGAGUUGCUCUUUCAGUUUGAAGCAAGCGAGGACGAUGAAGUCCAACUCUACCCAAAUGCGCCCAUUGAUCCUGAGAAAUCUCCAACUGUCGUUGCCAUCAAUGUCAGUCCCAUUGAGUACGGACAUGUGCUUUUGAUCCCCAAGGUCCUUGAAUGCCUUCCUCAGAGGAUCGACAGGGACAGCUUACUGCUUGCAGUUCACAUGGCUGCCGAAGCAGCAAACCCAUACUUCCGAUUGGGUUACAACAGCUUGGGUGCAUUUGCUACCAUCAACCAUCUUCACUUUCAAGCUUAUUACUUGGCUGUGGAAUUCCCCAUUGAGAAGGCCCCUACACGGAAGAUAACUUCUACUGAUGCUGGAGUGAAGAUAUUUGAGAUGCUGAAUUACCCAGUUCGAGGUCUUGUUUUCGAGGGUGGGAAUACUUUGGAGGAUUUGGCCAGUGUUGUCUCUGAUUCCUGCGUUUGCCUGCAAGAGAACAACAUUCCUUACAAUGUUUUAAUCUCCGAUUCUGGAAAAAGGAUAUUCCUUCUCCCACAGUGCUAUGCUGAGAAACAAGCUCUCGGAGAGGUCAGCGCUGAACUCCUCGACACCCAAGUCAAUCCUGCAGUCUGGGAGAUUAGUGGACACAUGGUCUUGAAGAGGAAGGAGGAUUACGAAGGUGCAACCGAGGCAAAUGCCUGGGGGCUUCUCGCUGAGGUCUCACUUUCUGAAGCAAGGUUCCAAGAAGUGACUGCUCUCAUCUUUGAAGCCAUUGGUCUCAAUGUCGAAGAGAACAAGGGCGCCACUGACGGUUCUCCUGAGGAUCUAGAUGUCACACCUCCUCAGCCCAUGGAGGAAAUUGACGGUCUCAACACCCAUGCUACCAUGGUUCACGUCUAGGGUUUUCAAGGACAAGCUCUGCUGUUUGUCCUAGUCUUAUUAUUUCAAGUAUUUUAUCAAUAUUGAAGGAAUUUCUAUCUCUGGCUUGCCCUUGUGAAAUAUAUCCCUAAAUAAGGCAAAGCCGUGUUCAAUGGAUUGAUGAAUUUGGUCUGUUCCUCUGUGAAUUGAACCUUGUGUAUUAUUAUUUGCUUUCUGGUCCUGUCCUAUGGUUAUGUGAUGUGGGGUUGGUCUGUGGAUUGAUCUUGGGUGCAAUGUAUGCUCUCUUUUAAUUAAAGACAAUAUUAUUUGCUAAUGGAAGUUGGAUUUCCCCUA